ACUCUAACGCGAACUGACCCCAUUAGCGUCGACCUCUCCAAGCUCCAUCCCCUUCCGAAAAAUCACCAUUUUUUCAGAAGCUCGGCUUGCCCACCCGCCCAAAUCUCAAUCCCUCCACGUUCGUUCGAUCGUUCGUCCGUUCACCAUUGAAAUUCAAUCGGGUAUUCGUCUGAUCCGAACCUCCGAAUUGAUCCAGUGAGUGAUUGAAGGGGGGGAGAGAGAGAAAUGGUGAUGGCCCGGGCGAGCUCGGGGCCGGCGUACCCCGACCGGUUCUACGCGGCUGCCUCCUACGCCGGCUUCGGCGAAUCUCCCCAGGGAGUCGCCUCCAGGUUCCCCAACGACAUCGCUCUGCUCCUCUACGCCUUGUACCAGCAGGCCACUAAAGGACCCUGUAACGUUCCAAAACCUAGAGGUUGGAGUCCAGUUGAGCAGAGUAAAUGGACAAGCUGGCAUGGGCUCGGAAACAUGGCCUCAGCAGAAGCAAUGCGACUAUUUGUGAAAAUAUUGGAGGAGGAAGAUCCAAGCUGGUUUUCAAGAGCAUCUGCUAUUGCAGAUCCUGUUGUUGAUGUGGACACAAAUCAUACUUUCAAAAGUGAGCCAGUCAUCGAGAAUGGGGAAUCGGAUGCUCAGACAAAGAUUGUUUCUUCUGAAAAUGGGAUUCUGAAUGAAACUCAGGACAAAGAUGUUGUUUCAGAAGGCCUGAGUUCAAUUGCUGUCUAUGAUCAAUGGGUUGCACCUUCAGUACAAGGUCCACGUCCAAAGGCUCGUUAUGAGCAUGGAGCAGCUGUCAUUCGGGACAAAAUGUAUGUAUAUGCUGGGAACCACAAUGGCCGUUACCUCAAUGAUAUGCAUAUUUUGGAUUUGAGAAGCUGGACCUGGUCGAAAGUUGAAGCCAAGUUUAAUGAUGAUACAGCAGAGACUUCUGGUUCAUUUGCUCCUUGUGCUGGUCAUUCUUUGAUACCAUGGAAUAAUAAGCUUCUUUCCGUUGCUGGUCACACUAAGGAUCCUUCAGAAACGAUGCAAGUUAGAGAAUUUGAUCCUCAAACUGCUACUUGGUCAAUCUUGAAGACUUAUGGGAAAGCACCGGUCUCGCGUGGUGGUCAUUCUGUGACCCUUGUUGGAAACACGUUAGUGAUAUUUGGUGGUCAAGAUGCAAGAAGAUCGCUACUGAAUGAUUUGCAUAUACUUGAUCUUGAAACCAUGACUUGGGAUGAAUUUGAUGCUCUGGGUACGCCUCCCUCUCCAAGGUCUGAUCAUUCUGCAGCAGUUCAUGCAGAACGCUACCUUUUAAUUUUUGGUGGGGGCUCCCAUGCUACAUGCUUCAAUGAUCUGCAUGUCCUUGAUAUACAAACUAUGGAGUGGUCAAGACCUACACAACAAGGAGAGAUACCUACUUCCCGAGCUGGACAUGCAGGUGCAACAGUUGGAGAGAACUGGUUUAUUGUUGGUGGUGGUGAUAAUAAGAGCGGUGCCUCAGAAACGAUUAUGUUGAACAUGUCUACCCUAGUUUGGUCAAUCGUAACUGCUGUUCAAGGACGUGUUCCUGUUGUUAGUGAGGGAUUGAGCUUGGUUGUGAGCUCCUACAAUGGGGAAGAUGUACUGGUAUCUUUUGGGGGGUACAAUGGGCGUUACAACAAUGAGAUCCAUGUACUUAAACCAAGUCACAAGUCAACCAUACCAUCCAAGAUGACUGAGAGUAGCCUGCCCGACAGUACCUCUGCCGUGCACAAUGUUACACAUGCCCCCAGAGAUGUAGAGUUGGAAGUUGAAGCAGUACAGGAUGGAAGAAUUAGGGAAAUUGCAGUGGACAAUGCUUUAAAUCCAACGAAAUCAAAAGGUCAGGCAAAUGGUGAGCCUCUUUUAACAACAAUCAAGGCAGAGAAAGAAGAGUUAGAAUCUUUAUUAAGCAAAGAGAAGGUGCUAUCCCUUCAAUUGAAGGAAGAUUUAUUGGAAGCUGAAGCUCGUAAUGCCAACCUGUACAAGGAGCUUCAGUCUUUACGUGGUCAGCUUGCUGCAGAGCAGUCGAGAUCCUUCAAACUCGAGGUUGAUGUUGCAGAGCUAAGGCAGAAGCUGCAAACGAUGGAAGCACUGCAGAAGGAGCUCGAGAUCCUCCGGCGACAGAAGGCUGCUUCUGAGCAAGCCAUCUCAAUGGCGAGGCAGAAGCAAAGCUCCGGUGGCGUGUGGUCUUGGCUCACCGGAACUCCUCCAUCUCCAGGCGAAAAGGAGAACAAUGCCUGAAGUAUUCCCGGAGGCCCAACAUUCGGUAGUCUCUUCAUUUCUCAGUAGCCAAAAUCAUGGAACGGGGAAAUUCUUUGGUAUCAUCAGGGAGAAUAAUAAAAUAUGAAAGGACGUCGGCACUCAUGGUAUAUUCCUUUUCCUUUUCCUAUGAUUUGUUUUUGGGAGGCGAAAAGGAUGUAAUUUUAGUUCUGUAGCAUAGUUUAUACAAAUGUGUCGGAGCAAUUUCUCCUGGAUGUCAAUUUGUUGUCUCUGUAUUUAAGUUUGUUGAGCUAAAUAUAGAGUGAAAUAGUCGAACAGGUAAUUUUCAUUGCUGAUGAACAAAACAUAUUCCGAGGGUUGAAGAAUAUACAGAAUUCUUUGGGCCAUCGAUA